AUGGAGUUCUUCGAACAGAAAGCCCUUGCCUCCUCCACAGAGAAGCCCGAGGUUUGGUUCCGAUACGUCGAUGACACUUUUGCAGUGUGGAUCCUAGGAGAAGAAGACCUGCAGUUGUUUCUUCAGCAUCUAAAUAGCAUUCAUCCCUGCAUUCAGUUCACCAUGGAGAAGGAGAGCAAUAAUCAGCUGCCUUUCCUCGACGUUCUUGUGACGAAAAAGGAAGACGGGACGCUCUGCCAUCAAGUGUACCGCAAGUCCACACACACAGACCGUUACCUUCAUAAGAACUCAAACCACCACCCGAGACAAAAAAUGGUUGUCAUCAAUACCCUCUUGCACCGAGCAGAAAGAAUCUGCGAAGAGACACAUUUGAAGGAGGAACUGAAACACCUUGAGCUAGCAUUUCAAGCCAAUGGAUUCACUAGAGGAGAAAUUAGAAGAGCCCUUCAUCCCAGGAGGUCCCAAAAUAACGAACAGAAGCCUACCCCAUCUGAACCAUUAGGGAAAGUGUUCUUACCCUACCUACACAGAGUUACUGACCGAAUUGGAAAACUCCUUGAAAAACACAACAUCAAGACCAUUUUCAAGCCCACCACUCAACUUAGGAAUUGUUAUCGCCCGGUGAAAGACCCCCGUGACCCUUUCUCCACAUCUGGAGUUUACAAAAUUCCGUGCUCCUGUGGAUCAGUUUAUGUCGGAACUACGAAGCGCAGCAUCAAGACACGCCUUUCUGAGCAUGUUCGUUCAUUGCCGUUUAGGAAACUAUGA